GCAAACUUCAUGGCAUUUGUUGAUGCGUCAACUGACAGAUUUUUGUUAAAAUGUGUAGUUAAAGUUAAAAAGUAAAUGAUGCAAAAUAUUAAUUAUUGUUAUAAUGUUGUAUGAUAUUAUGGAAAAUUGUGGAAUUUCCUUCAGUGCUGUUUAAGUUCGGCUUAAUUUAUUUAUUGUGCAGUGAAAGAUGAACCCUAAUUUAGCCAAUAAGGAAUCCCAAAUCAUCGAAAUCGAAGAUGACGUUAUUGACUUGGAUGAAGCUGAAAAAACGCCAGAAGAGGUGAUAUACGAGUGGGACGCCAAGAUUCGAAAGAAACUGUCAGCGUUUGGAGUGGCCGAUAACGAACGUGUUUUGGGAGACCUUAUGAAGGACUAUUUACAAUCUCUUCACGAAAUGACCAGAAGUUACGAUGAUAACGAAACCCUCAAGAACAAAGUGUUCUGCCAUAUAAAUUUCUUAUAUUCGUACUACGUUGAGUUGCAGUGUUGUACCUCAGAUAAUUAUUUAAGCAACAUGGAGGAGAUUUUAACGUUAUAUUGCAAUUUGGAGCUGGAAGCUAUACGUCCAUUAAAAAAGAAAGACUUGACGAAACAUAAAUACAAAAAACGAAUAGUGUCAGUGGCGAAACAAAUCAUACAUGUCUUAACGGUAUAUUUACUAGAACGACAUGACCACAUAUUGCACGUACUAAUAAAAAUGAACACCAACAAGGUUUCGGAUUCUUGCUCAGAAAUGUUGAACAUUCUCUACUCGCAUUUUCUCACUAAAGUACCUGCAUUCAACUUAUGUGAUGAUUCAUUCUGUCGAAAUUAUAUCGUUUUCCAAAAGUGGAAAGAAAUACGAAAGGUGGAAGACUGGGAAGGUAUGGACAAAAUUAUGUAUAAAAUGUUUAAAAGGACUCCAGAAUCUAUCAAAAAUAAUGAAACGCUGAGGCAGAUUUUAAUGCCGUCGUGUUCAUCAACUGUUGACAUUGUGUUAAAUUUGUUUCGCUCAUUUCGAGCUAUAUCAAGUGCGUAUUUUAAGCACGUGUUAGCGAAAAGAAACAACGAGUUGGACGAUCUGGAUUUCAAUAUAGAUCUAGGGGAAGAUGAACCAACAAUAGCCAUAGAAGAUGAAGAUGAGGAAGAAGUUCAGUUUUUAAAAGCUUAUUAUGAGGUUGAAAGAAAUAUGACUAAUUUAUCACACACACACACCUCGGAUAUCUCAGAAAUUGAUAUAUUUAGAAAAUGUAAGGAGGAAUUUGACGAAGACGAUGAUGUGCAAUUUGUUGGUAUCACCAUGUUACCUAAACAACCAAUCCUUGAGGUUUCUAUUACCAGCGAAGACGGUGAUUACACGAUGAGUAAUACAAGCAAUAAACGUCAUACGGAAAAGAGCAGAAUACCAAUUCCAACUCCUCCGUUAGUUUUGAACUCGGUAGGAGAAAAGAACCCCGACUUGGAAAACCUCAACGGCAUCACAAGAAUUUGUGUUGGAUCUCCUAGAACAGUACCAGAGCUAGAAUUACCUAAAACAAUACCGGAGCGAGAAUUACCUAGAACACUACCAGAACUGGAAUUACCUAGAACAGUCCCAGAGUUAGACUUGCCUAGAACGGAACCCAUCAGGAUCGACCGCCCCAUUCCGACGAGGUCACCUAGGUUGACACCCGAACUAGAACUGUCGGUGCCAACUCCAGAAAUAGAAACUCCUAGAAGCGUAACUCCCGUAGUGUCGCCCCUCACAGUACCUGGAGCGUCAGAUUCUUGCCAAACGACGGAAAUGGAAAUACAAUCAUCAGAACAUCACGACGUCGAAGAUCCAGUGUGCACCAUCACAGAAGUGACGACUUCUUGUGACUCCACAACAAAACCAAAUCAACCUGAAGUGUCCUUUGAUUCGAACAAUACACAAAUAUCAAGUCCUUCUAGUCCAGCGAAAGCCAUCGAUGCGUGCGACGGUGACGAUACUCAUACCAAACGGACUAUAGAAAUGAAAAGUGUUGAAGUUCAAGCCGAUGGUAUAAAAAAUUAUUUGUAUAACGAUUACGGACUCACGACGCCACCUUUUGACGUGCAAACGGAUGAGCAAGUGUCAAGGCCAGUGGAACCGCGGUUGUAUACGAAUAUCGGCCAAAACCACAAGAAGGACCUCAUGGAGAAAGAAAGUGUUUGUGAGAAGAAUGUCAGCACGCGAACAAUUGAAGUACAGGUGGAUGCACCGACUCAGAAAACUUGUCCAUACAACGACUAUGGGUUGACACCUCCUAAUGAUCCCCACAUAGAAGAUCCUGGUACUAGAUUACAAGAACCUUUGUAUACUAAUAUAGGGCAUAAAGAUCUGAGCAGUAGUAAAGAUGGGAGUUUUGAUGAUUCUCCACAAAUCAAUACGCACAAUAGUGAGAUUCCGCCAGUGGAUGAAGUUGCUCAAGAUAGUGUUGAAUUAGAGACUGAUAGACACGUUGAUCGUGACGAUAUACCUCCAAAUACGAGAACGCGAACCGAGAUUGAAGCAAAUAAGGCAACUAUAGAUGGUGUAGUGGAGCACGAGUCAGAUUUUGAUGAGUUUGAAGAUCAACUUGAUAUUUCAGAUAUGACAAAUGCAGAUGUAGAUUAUGAUACAGAAGAAAUUGAUGUAGAAUCUUGCCAAGACACCGACAAAGAGAGUCCCUUAGGGCGCGACGAAGGUAGCAACCACGCAGUGUUAAAUAACUUUGGCAACGAAGAAAACGUAAAUAUGGCUGAACAAUAUAAUCCUUUCAAAAAAACGGAUCAAAUAGAUACGGGGCAAAAGUUAAUACUAAAAUCGGCACCAAAUAUCGAACCUGUUACUGCAGACUCGGAACUCAAGGAAGUGGGUGAAACUUACAACGGAAACACAAUUUUGAAACCUCUGGUUUCUUCAAAUAGAACAAACGGGCAAGCUAAGGAUAGUACUUCUACGAAAAUAAUGUACACAUCGUCUCAGAGAAUUCGGCCGACGUUGGAGGAGUUCUCGAGGUUCGAAAAUGCAAUACACAACCAAUGGAAUAAAACGAAAGAAAACCACGAUUUCGACGCGAUCUUAACAGGCCCGGUUUCGAAAGUUUUACCAGUGAAACAAAAUAGUUUAUUUAGUUCGCAAGAUAAACUAGAUCUCUUCAGUCAAGAAUCAAAUUCUAAAGCAGUGCACUCAAACAGCCGCUCAAAUAGUCCAAACGAUAUGACGUCGCCGGCUUAUGAAGCCAUCGAUGACUUUCGGAACUAUUAUAGUGAUAGUGUUAACGGUCGUGUUCCUCCUCCUCAUGAUGUUCGCGUUCCUCGCGGUAUUCUGAAGAAAACCAAAAGUACCAGAAGGAAGAACUACCGCAUCAUGUUUCAUGAAAGCACUUGUGAUAAUGAAGAGAGAAAACCGAGAAGUGACGGUGUUUUGGUGCUGAAAAGUGUUCGGAUGGACGAAAAGUUAAACAUGGAACCUAGAGUGUUGUUAAAGCGUAGACGUAAUAUAGAAGAUGCUAUGAAGAAAAUGUUGAAUAAAACGCCGACGUUGAGGGUAGAUUACGACAAGACCACUACUCACAUUAACGACAAGGACGUGGUGCGUUGUAUUUCACCUCCUACGCUUUCGUUUAUUGUCAAGGAACCAAAUAGUCACAAUCCAGGUAAAGUAAAGUCUUUUAACGAUGCUUACUGCAAGAAAGCUUCCUCUAAAUGCGAAAAAAACAUGUCAUCUUGUUGCAACCAAUUAGCCGAAGAAUUCACUAAGUUAAAUUGCAACGUCGUCGAAGACAAAGCGUUGAAUUUAACCAUCACAGAACUUCCUCGUCCUAUUGAUCCCGAGUCCGAAUUUUCCAAUUCCCCGACUUUCUUGCCCAACACGGACCAACUGGUUCAACAUUGCCUUGAAGAAGCGACCAGCGAAACCCCAGAAGUCGUCGAAAGAAACUCCUCUUUGCUUUGCGAUAAUUCAAACUUUUACACGUCAAGCACUUUAGCUGAUAACUUAACUCAAAAUUUAAGUAACGUAGAUCCAGUCAAAACCGAUGCAGCUCAAUGUAGUAUUAAAGAUGAUAAUAAUUCAAACUCGGGUGUCAAUGUAACAGAAACUGUAGAUAAUUCUUUAUUGCAAUUGCCAACGGCCGUUCCAGAGACCUAUGAUUUUGAAAAAAAUUUUAAAAAUGAAGUGUUUUCAAAAAUCGAUUUGCAAAAUUUUGACGAUUCGGAUGGCGAGACAAGACUACCUCUGAAGAAACGGAAGCUUUCGGUUGCCAAUAAAAACGAAAGCGUGACUGAAGAACUGAAGAAAGAAGAAAUCAGCUAUCCGGCGACUCCGAUGAUCAGCAUAGCGGAAGUCGAAGCUUUGCAUCCUAGGAAGUUGCAGGCUAACGCUGCACGUCCCUUUAAAACUCCCGCCGAAAGGAAAGAAAUGCCUCCUCUACCUGUUUUUUAUAAUGUAGAUUCUGAUCCUAGUCCUAUUAUCACAGAUCAGUUUAAUAUUAAUAAUCACACUUAUAAUAAUCCUACUAUAAAUUAUCACAUGAAUAAUGUUCCGGUACCAUUUAUUAAUAUACCUUGUGGGUCGUAUUAUUCUUUACCUCCUAUUUUAGUACCUUUUAAUAACGUAUCUACUUUUGAACAAAGUAAACUGAAUACACCGCAGCAAGAAAACUUCGGGAAGAAAGAAAGUCGGAAGCAAGGAAGACGAAGACGUCAGUAAUUUUGCAUAUUUUGUUUUUCAAAGUAAUUUCAUUCCAUAUAAGCAUUGACUUUUUUUUUAUUUUUCCUCAGUAUUGAAUAUCUAGUAGUUAUUUAACAGGCUGUGAAUUUUUAAUCUCCUUAAUUUAUUAAUUUGUUGAACAUUUUAAUGGUUAUUGUUUUUUUAAUUUUAUUAUUUAUGAAGAAAGAAGUUACUACAAGAAGGAAGAUUGGAUUUCGCUAUUUUUUCACUGGGCACGUUUUGUACAUAUUACGUGUGUUUUAUUCAUCGAAAAAUUCUCAAUGUGUGGAUUCCAUAAUCGUCUUAUUCAAAAUCUACCAUUAUGUGUGUAUACGAGUAUAUAACAACAUUUUUUCUAUUUUAAGGUUCGUUGACUGUGAAAAAUCGAGAACACUUGGAAAAGAAACCAAAGAAACGGAAAUUUGAACCGCAGAACAACAUCAUGAGCGAACCUGUAAUACGGAA